AACUACGCCUGCUGGACACAAGCCUAAACCGAGCAGUGCGUGCUUAUCGUUCAAGUAGAGCACGGAGCUAGAGAGUGUAGCUAGCACGCACAGAAGCAAACCAAAACUGCCAUGCUCUCAUACCUACACCAGGUGUUGUAGUAAGCCUGUGAAGUGAGGUGACACAGGCCGGGAGAAGAGCGAGCGAGAGAGAGGAGAAAAGAUACACAGAUAGCUAGAUCGACAUGCCGCCUGAGCUGGAGCACCAUGAGCAGCAGACAGCCGGAGGUGGUGGCCACCGAGCGCCUCCUCCUCCCCCGAACAGCAUGCCCACCUUUAGUAGCAGCACUCCCUCUUCUACUUGUGUUUCUGCCACCACCAACCCCUCUGGCGGCGCCGGCGCUGUCCAUCCCACCACCUCCAGCCCGGCGUCGUCGGCUUCCGCCCGCCCUGCCGUCAACUCAUUCCCUCUCGUCCUAAAGUUCGAGGAGGUGGCGUACAAGGUGAAGCUCGGGAAGCCGACGACGACGACGGCCGGAUGGUGCGACAAGCUGUCGGCGGCCGCGGCGAGCAUGGCGGUCGGCGGCGGAAGGAAGAAGAAGGCCACCGCGGCGGCGGCUGGGUCUUCGCCGUCGUCUCCGGCAGCGUUGCGGGAGAAGACGAGGACCAUCAUCAGCGGCAUGUCCGGGGUGGUGCGGCCGGGCGAGAUGCUGGCGAUGCUGGGCCCGUCGGGGAGCGGCAAGACGACGCUGCUGACGGCGCUGGGCGGGCGGCACGGCGGCGGCGGGCGCGCGCUGCUGUCCGGCAAGAUCACGUACAACGGGCAGCCCUUCUCGGGCGGGGUGCGGCGGCGCACGGGGUUCGUGACGCAGCACGACGUUCUGUACCCGCACCUGACGGUGGCGGAGACGCUGUGGUACGCGGCGGCGCUGCGGCUGCCGCGGGCGCUGGGCGCGGGCGAGAAGCGCGCGCGGGCGGAGGCGGUGGCGCGGGACCUGGGCCUGGGCAAGGUGGCCGGCAGCAUGGUGGGCGGGGUGCGCGGCGUGCGGGGGCUGUCGGGCGGCGAGCGCAAGCGCGUCAGCAUCGGGCUGGAGGUGCUGGUGGACCCGAGCCUGCUGCUGCUGGACGAGCCCACGUCGGGGCUGGACUCCACCACGGCCGCCCGCAUCGUGGCCACGCUCCGCCGGAUGGCGGCCGAGGGCGGGCGCACCGUCGUGGUCACCAUCCACCAGCCGUCGUCGCGGCUCUACCACAUGUUCGACAAGGUGCUGCUGCUGUCCGCCGACGGCCGCCCCAUCUACUACGGCCGCGCCGCCGACGCGCUCUCCUACUUCGCCUCUGUCGGCUUCGCGUCGCCGCUCUCCCUCAACCCCGCCGACCUCAUGCUCGACCUCGCCAACGGUAUCGCGCCGCAGACGACGAGCGGCGACGGGAUGGCGGCGCUGCUGGCCGGCGGCGGCGAGGGCGAGCACAAGGAGGUGCGCGGCAGGCUGUCCGCGGCGUACGAGCGGCACAUUGCGCCGGCGGUGAAGCUGGACGUCUGCGCCCGGGAGGCGACGCCCGGCGGGCAGCAGGCGGCGUCGCGGCGCGCGUCGAAGGCGGCGUCGGAGUGGACGACGGGGUGGUGGACGCAGUUCGCGGUGCUGGUGCAGCGCGGGCUCAAGGAGCGGCGUCACGAGUCGUUCAACAAGCUGCGCGUGUUCCAGGUGCUGAGCGUGGCGGCGCUGGCGGGGCUGCUGUGGUGGCGCACGCCGGCGUCGCACCUGCAGGACCGGACGGCGCUCGUCUUCUUCUUCUCCGUCUUCUGGGGCUUCUUCCCGCUCUACAACGCCGUGUUCACGUUCCCGCUGGAGCGGCCCAUGCUGCUCAAGGAGCGGGCCUCGGGGAUGUACCGCCUGUCCUCCUACGUGGCGUCGCGCGCCGCCACCGACCUGCCCAUGGAGCUGGGCCUGCCCACGGCGUUCGUGCUCAUCCUCUACUGGAUGGGCGGGCUGGACCCGCGCCCGGGGCCCUUCCUGCUCUCGCUCGCCGUCGUGCUCUACAGCGUGCUGGUGGCGCAGAGCCUCGGGCUCGCCAUCGGCGCCGUGCUCAUGGACGUCAAGCAGGGAACCACGCUGGCCUCCGUCAUCACCAUGGUCUUCCUCAUCGCCGGCGGGUACUACGUGCAGCACAUCCCGCCCUUCGUCGCCUGGCUCAGGUGGCUCAACUACAGCUUCUACUGCUACCGCCUCCUGCUCGGCAUCCAGUUCCCCGACGGCGGAGGGUACUACGACUGCGGCCACGGCGCGCUCUGCCCCGUCGCCGAGUUCCCGGCCAUCAAGGCCGUCGGGCUCAACAACCACUGGGUCGACGCCUGCGUCAUGGCGCUCAUGCUCGUCGGCUACCGCGUCGUCGCGUACAUUGCGCUUGACCGCCUCAAGCCCAGGUGAAACAAGAUAAGAGAAGAGAAGAGAAGGGAUCAAUUAGUUUAGUGCUCUAUGCAUAAUACAACCAGAGGGGAUGAAAUGAAUACGAUACAAACCUGCAGCAGCUGAGCUCUC